CAGAAUCCCUUGAGUCGUCCGGAAGAGGGAAAAGAUAAAGUGUGUGCUGGUGGAUGGGGUGCAGAAGUGGGAGGAGCCUCUCUCUCCUCUGUGCGAGUAUAUAAAGGGAGGCAUCAUUCUCAGACUGAGCCCUGGUACUCCUGCACCCACUGGUUCUCAGACUGGAGCCCUGGUACUCGUACACCCACUGGUUCCCCAUGGCCUCCUCCCAUGUGAUGAAGCCGGAGCCGAUGCCCCGCAUGCAGCCGGCCAUGAUGAUGUUCUGCAGCAAGUACUGGAGCCGGAGGGGCAUGUCUCUGGACUCUGCCAUGUUCCAGAGGCACACCGGGGGCCAGAUGUCGAGGCGUCCGUCCUUCUGUCCCAUCAGCGAGUCGCCGGACAAAGAGAGCGCAGAGGAUUCUGGGAAAACAGCGGUGGUGUUUUCUCUGAAGAACGAAGUGGGCUGUCUGGUGACAUCACUGAAGCUCUUCCAGGACAGCGGAGUGAAUCUGAACCACAUCGAGUCUCGGAGGUCGAAGCGAGUCGUUAACGAGGUGGAGAUCUACGCCGACUGCAGCUGCAGCAAGAAGGAGUUCAGCGAGCUGCUGGAGGUCCUCAGAGAGCACGUGAACGUCCUCUCCUCCAACACACCUGCUCACGUGUGGGCAGCAGAGGCAGAUGAAGAGGAUGUGCCCUGGUUCCCGAUGAAGAUCUCUGAGCUGGAUCAGUGUUCUCACAGAGUCCUGAUGUACGGAUCGGAGCUGGACGCGGACCACCCUGGCUUUAAGGAUGAGGUGUACCGGCAGAGGAGGAAGUACUUCGUGGAGGUGGCCAUGAAUUAUAAAUUCGGGCAGCCCAUCCCUCGCAUCGAGUACACCCCGGAGGAGGUGAGGACGUGGGGGGUGGUGUUCAGAGAGCUCAGCCAGCUGUACCCCUCCCAUGCCUGCAGAGAGCACCUGAAGAACCUGCCUCUGCUGGAGAAACACUGCGGAUACAGACAGGACAACAUCCCCCAGCUGCAGGACGUCUCCCAGUUCCUCAGAGAGCGCUCUGGCUUCACGGUGCGUCCUGUGGCUGGGUAUCUCUCUCCCAGAGACUUCCUGUCUGCUCUGGCCUACAGAGUGUUCAACUGCACUCAGUACGUGAGGCACAGCACCGACCCGCUGUACACCCCCGAGCCCGACACGUGCCACGAGCUGCUGGGUCACGUCCCCCUGCUGGCCGACCCAAAGUUUGCUCAGUUCUCGCAGGAGAUCGGCCUGGCAUCUCUGGGAGCGUCGGACGAGGACGUCCAGAAGCUGGCCACGUGUUAUUUCUUCACCAUCGAGUUUGGACUCUGCAAACAGGACGGGCAGCUGAGAGCCUACGGAGCCGGGCUGCUGUCAUCUAUAGGAGAGCUGAGGCAUGCCCUGUCGGGGGCGGCCUGUGUGAGGAUGUUCGACCCGAAGACGACCUGCAGACAGGAGUGUCUCAUCACCACCUUCCAAGACGUCUACUUCGUGUCCGAGAGCUUCGAGGAGGCCAAGGAGAAGAUGAGGGAGUUUGCGAAGUCGAUAAAGCGUCCGUUCUCCGUGUACUACAACCCGUACACGCAGAGCGUCGACCUGCUGAAAGACACGCGCGGCAUCGAGGACGUGGUGCAGGACCUGCGCAGCGACCUGAACACCGUCUGCGACGCGCUGGGCAAGAUGAACACCUACAUGGGCAUCUGAUUGGUUCAAAUCAUCACCUGUGUUCAUGUGUGGGCUCUGAUUGGUUCAAAUCAUCACCUGUGUUCAUGUGUGGGCUCUGAUUGGUUCAAAUCAUCACCUGUGUUCAUAUGUGGGCUCUGAUUGGUUCAAAUCAUCACCUGUGUUCAUGUGUGGGCUCUGAUUGGUUCAAAUCAUCACCUGUGUUCAUAUGUGGGCUCUGAUUGGUUCAAAUCAUCAGCUAAUUACAAUAGAUUACAUUUGUAUAGCGCCUUUCAAGGGACCCAAGGCCGCUUUACAUGGUGAGCAAACAAACAAACAAAAGGGGAAAAUAAUAAGGUAAAACUUAAAUAAAUAAAGUAACAAUUAAAUAAGUGUGUUUAUGUGAGGGCUCUGAUUGGUUUACAACAUGCCCUGUGUUAAUGUCUGGGCUCUGAUUGGUUUAAAACAUGCCCUGUGUUAAUGUCUGGGCUCUGAUUGGUUUAAAACAUGCCCUGUGUUAAUGUCUGAGCUCUGAUUGGUUUAAAACAUGCCCUGUGUUAAUGUCUGAGCUCUGAUUGGUUUUAAAACAUGCCCUGUGUUAAUGUCUGGGCUCUGAUUGGUUUAAAACAUGCCCUGUGUUAAUGUCUGGGCUCUGAUUGGUUUAAAACAUGCCCUGUGUUAAUGUCUGGGCUCUGAUUGGUUUAAAACAUGCCCUGUGUUAAUGUCUGGGCUCUGAUUGGUUUAAAACCUCCCUUCCUGUUUCAUAAAUGUAAGUAAGAUGUGCUGUCUAAUGGGUCCGAUGCUGUGAAGAGUAACACCAUCAUCUCAAGCUUCAUACGUCAGGUGAAGACGCGGUCUGGGCUGCCAGCUGGUGAAGCGCUGGUUACAAAAUAAAAGCUGUUUUUGAUCCAUGAUAAAUGUUUACCGUGUUGAAGUCAGCAAUGUUCCUCAUUUGUUUCCGUCUCUCUUUUGACAGAUGCUUAAA